AUGGCCGCCGUCCCUGGCCGCGUCUUCUCAAGCGGUACAAAAUGGCGGCCGCAGGCGGAGCCGGGCGGGACGACCCUGUUUCAGCGUUUCUUCUGCAUUUCUGCGCUUGGAAAUUCCGGGCCUGUGUCCUGUGCCGGUUUUUCAUUUCUGCCAUCCCCUCCCCUUCCCACCCCAUCCAUUAAUAUUAUUCUUUUGAAGAUUCUUCGUUGUCAAGCCGCCAAAGUGGAGAGUGCGAUUGCAGAAGGGGGUGCUUCUCGUUUCAGUGCUUCUUCGGGCGGAGGAGGAAGUAGGGGUGCACCUCAGCACUAUCCCAAGACUGCUGGCAACAGCGAGUUCCUGGGGAAAACCCCAGGGCAAAACGCUCAGAAAUGGAUUCCUGCACGAAGCACUAGACGAGAUGACAACUCCGCAGCAAACAACUCCGCAAAUGAAAAAGAACGACAUGAUGCAAUCUUCAGGAAAGUAAGAGGCAUAUUAAAUAAGCUUACUCCUGAGAAGUUUGACAAGCUAUGCCUUGAGCUCCUCAAUGUGGGUGUAGAGUCUAAACUCAUCCUUAAAGGGGUCAUUCUGCUGAUUGUGGACAAAGCCCUAGAAGAGCCAAAGUAUAGCUCACUGUAUGCUCAGCUAUGUCUGCGAUUGGCAGAAGAUGCACCAAACUUUGAUGGCCCAGCAGCAGAGGGUCAACCAGGGCAGAAGCAAAGCACAACAUUCAGACGCCUCCUAAUUUCCAAAUUACAAGAUGAAUUUGAAAACCGAACCAGAAAUGUGGAUGUCUAUGAUAAACGUGAAAAUCCCCUUCUCCCUGAGGAGGAGGAACAGAGAGCCAUUGCUAAGAUCAAGAUGUUGGGGAACAUCAAAUUCAUUGGAGAACUUGGCAAGCUUGAUCUUAUUCAUGAAUCUAUCCUUCAUAAGUGCAUCAAAACACUUUUGGAAAAGAAGAAGAGAGUCCAACUCAAAGAUAUGGGAGAGGAUUUGGAGUGCCUCUGUCAGAUAAUGAGGACAGUAGGACCUAGAUUAGAUCAUGAACGAGCCAAGUCCUUAAUGGAUCAGUACUUUGCCCGAAUGUGCUCCUUGAUGUUAAGUAAGGAAUUGCCAGCAAGGAUUCGUUUCCUGCUGCAGGAUACCGUAGAAUUGCGAGAGCACCAUUGGGUUCCUCGCAAGGCUUUUCUUGACAAUGGACCAAAGACGAUCAAUCAAAUCCGUCAAGAUGCAGUAAAAGAUCUAGGAGUGUUUAUUCCUGCUCCUAUGGCUCAAGGGAUGAGAAGUGACUUCUUUCUGGAGGGACCGUUCAUGCCACCCAGGAUGAAAAUGGAUAGGGACCCACUUGGAGGACUUGCCGAUAUGUUUGGACAAAUGCCAGGUAGCGGAAUUGGUACUGGUCCAGGAGUUAUUCAGGAUAGAUUUUCACCCACCAUGGGACGUCAUCGGUCAAAUCAGCUCUUUAAUGGCCAUGGGGGACACAUCAUGCCUCCCACACAGUCACAGUUUGGAGAGAUGGGAGGCAAGUUUAUGAAAAGCCAGGGGCUAAGCCAGCUCUACCAUAACCAGAGUCAGGGACUCUUAUCCCAGCUUCAAGGACAGUCGAAGGAUAUGCCACCUCGGUUUUCUAAGAAAGGACAGCUUAAUGCAGAUGAGAUUAGCUUGAGGCCUGCUCAGUCGUUCCUAAUGAAUAAAAAUCAAGUGCCAAAGCUUCAGCCCCAGAUAACUAUGAUUCCUCCUAGUGCACAACCACCACGCACUCAAACACCACCUCUGGGCCAGACACCUCAGCUUGGUCUCAAAACUAAUCCACCACUUAUUCAGGAAAAGCCUGCCAAGACCAGCAAAAAGCCACCGCCAUCAAAGGAAGAGCUACUUAAACUAACAGAAACUGUUGUGACUGAGUAUCUGAAUAGUGGAAAUGCAAAUGAGGCUGUCAACGGUGUAAGAGAAAUGAGAGCUCCUAAACAUUUUCUUCCUGAGAUGUUAAGCAAAGUGAUCAUCCUGUCACUAGACAGAAGUGAUGAAGAUAAAGAAAAAGCAAGUUCUUUGAUCAGUUUACUCAAACAGGAAGGGAUUGCCACAAGUGACAACUUCAUGCAGGCUUUCCUGAAUGUAUUGGACCAGUGCCCCAAACUGGAGGUUGACAUCCCUUUGGUGAAAUCAUACUUAGCACAGUUUGCAGCUCGUGCCAUCAUUUCAGAGCUGGUGAGCAUUUCAGAACUAGCUCAACCAUUGGAAAGUGGUACCCAUUUUCCUCUCUUCUUACUGUGUCUUCAGCAGUUAGCUAAAUUACAAGAUCGAGAAUGGCUAACAGAACUUUUUCAACAAAGCAAGGUCAAUAUGCAGAAGAUGCUCCCAGAAAUUGAUCAGAAUAAGGAUCGUAUGUUGGAGAUUUUGGAAGGAAAGGGACUGAGUUUCUUAUUCCCACUCCUCAAAUUGGAGAAGGAACUGUUGAAGCAAAUAAAGUUGGACCCAUCCCCUCAAACCAUAUAUAAAUGGAUAAAAGAUAACAUCUCUCCCAAACUUCACAUAGAUAAAGGAUUUGUGAACAUCUUAAUGACUAGCUUCUUACAGUAUAUUUCUAGUGAAGUAAGCCCACCCAGUGAUGAAAUGGAUUCUUCCUCUGCUCCUUCCAAAGAACAGUUAGAGCAGGAGAAACAGCUGCUGCUUUCUUUUAAGCCAGUGAUGCAGAAAUUCCUUCAUGAUCAUGUUGAUCUACAGGUCAGUGCCCUGUAUGCUCUGCAGGUGCACUGUCAUAACAGCAACUUCCCAAAAGGCAUGUUACUCCGCUUUUUUGUUCACUUCUAUGACAUGGAAAUUAUUGAAGAGGAAGCUUUCUUGGCUUGGAAAGAGGAUAUAACCCAAGAGUUUCCAGGAAAAGGCAAGGCUUUGUUCCAGGUGAAUCAGUGGCUGACUUGGCUAGAAACUGCUGAAGAAGAAGAAUCAGAGGAAGAAGCUGACUAAAGAACCAGCCAAAGCCUUAAAUUGUGCAAAACAUACUGUUGCUAUGAUGUAACUGCAUUUGACCUAACCACUGCGAAAAUUCAUUCCGCUGUAAUGUUUUCACAAUAUUUAAAGCAGAAGCACGUCAAUUUAGGAUUUCCUUCUGCAUAAGGUUUUUUUGUAGUGUAAUGUCUUAAUCAUAGUCUACCAUCAAAUAUUUUAGAAGUAUCUUUAAUGUUUAGAUAGUAUAUUAGCAGCAUGCAAUAAUUACAUCAUCAGUUCUCAAGCAGAGGCAGUCUAUUGCAAGGACCUUUUUCGCUGCCAGUUAUCAUAGGCUGUUUUAAGUUAGAAAACUGAAUAGCAAC